AUGGCACUCCGUGCUUGUGUCUGGAAUAUUGAGAACAUGGACGUUGAAGCUGUGCAGUGGCUCGGAUGGUCCUAUGCCAGCCGCUUAUACGACCAUCUCAAGUACAACGACACACUGUCCUUCCGUACAUGGAGUCUCUUCCAGAAAGCUUUUCCAGAAGACAUCGACCGUCACUCUAGAUUCAGAGUCCAGGACAACUCUGGAGGUCUCCUACCCUCUGUCGUCGAUCGAUUGGCCAAGCUCGACGCCCGCACGCUGACAUUUCUGUGUAUUCGGGUCUCCGAUAUAACGAUUGACCAACUUGUUGCCCUUAACAAGAUCGAGACGCUUGCAGUUCUCACAUUAGAAGUUGGAAGAAGCCGGCAGAACGCAUCACUAUCACUUCAAAUGAUGCGCGACUGGGGACGAAGUGUUGGCGAAAGUGGUGCAAUGAAGAGUCUGCGCGUACUUGUCAUCAACAACUACAUCAGGCUUCCGAAAAGACCAGUCUUGGAGUUCAUCUCGUCCUUUUCAGGUUUAGAGCUAGUUGGAAUCCACAGUCCACAGUUACCCGAGCCUGCAGAGUGUGGGGAAGGCUGGGAAAUACAUUCAGCUUCAGCCCUCCUAAGCGAAUGGAGUAGUUCCGGUCUAAGGAGAAAUACUGCCGUACAGCAACUAUACGAAGCAUCUUUUGUAUCCUCUUCCGAAACAUCACGAGACGCUACUACUAGUGGCUGCAAGAUAUACCGAUCCCUCUCCUUUCAGUACGCUCAAGGGAGCAAGAAUUCGCGAGACGACGAUGUCGCGUGGUUUGUACGGAAACAACAAGCUGAGCGGCCAAACAAGCGUGCCCGCGAAUACAAACCCCCACCAGACGGCGGCAAAAGGAGGUUUUGGUUGAUUAUGGUACAAGCCGGAAACCACAUGGUCUGUUAUAGGAGUAAGAGCAAGGUGCCAUUAUACAGCCAGAAGACAUUUGGUCUCUAUUUGGGUAUUCACGUUAGUAGAGAACGACACUGUAUACCACCAGGUUACCUCAUGUCACAUAAGAUCUACCGCCUGAGCUCUGUCACGCCUUCCGAUGCUGUUGAAGCUGUUCCACCAUACACGCUUCGCACACUUCCUUUCACUCUCAUCUUCGGAUGUGAUCUCCUCACCAUCCACGUCGGCAAGGACGAGCGUACACGAACCUUCAGUAUCCACUCUGAGCUCCUCACUGCCCGGUCAACCUACUUCAAGGACUUGAUAUCCAACGAAGGUGACCAAAAGACAUUUGAUCUGCCUGAAAUCAACCCUCGCGCGUUUGCUCUAUACUUCCAGCUCAUCUAUACCGGUCGCAUUCCAAGUAAACCUAACGACGCAUCCGAUGCUGAACACGACGAGUACGCCCUUCUGUGCAAGCUAUACACUAUUGCCCACCUUGUCAAAGACGCUAAUGCCAAAGAUUCUGCCCUGGAUGCUAUUCUCGUCAAGGCUACUGAGAGCGCUGAGAUCCCAUCAAGCGAGCAUGUAUGGAUCGUCUACGCCGGCACUGAAGGGCCCUGCAAAGGUCGGAAGAUGAUGGUCGAGUUCUAUACCUACAAGGCUACUGGAGAAUGGAUGAGAGCACAAGGCGAGGACGCACAUGGACGAGGUUUUCCACCAGAGUUUUGGAGUGAGCUGGCAAUGAGCUUGGUGGACAAGAGGAGCCUGGCAAAUCGACGGAUGGCUGGCAUGGACGCAAAUGAAUACCACGGACAGUGA